AUGAAGUAUCCUCCCGUUUCUCAGAGUAAAUCUCUGUUAGAUAUGGAAGUAGCAAACUAUUGUGAAGGCCUGGAUCCCUCAUACAGCACACUGGGCUUUGAGAACGCAGAAGUGCUCUAUGGAGGAGGAGACAGCAUGCCAACAGAGCCAGGCCUUCGUGGCCCAGAUGGACUCAGUAGUAACUGUGCCAUCUGUGGAGACAAAGCCACAGGGAAACACUACGGAGCUUCCAGCUGCGACGGUUGUAAAGGGUUUUUUAGACGCUCCAUACGCAAGAGCCACAUCUACACGUGCAGGUUCAACAGGCAGUGCAUUGUGGAUAAAGAUAAGAGGAACCAGUGUCGUUUCUGCAGACUCAACAAAUGCUUCAGGGCUGGCAUGAAAAAAGAAGCUGUACAGAACGAAAGAGAUCGGAUCAGCUCCCGAAGAACUAUCCAGGACUCCCAAGACCUGCCACCCAUCACUAUUUUGGCCCAAGCGGAAUCAUUGUCCCAACAGAUCACUGCUCCAGUAGGAAUAACAGACAUCUCAGAGCAGAAAUCAGCAACUGUAGGGGAUGUAUGUGACUCUAUGAGGCAACAGUUACUGGUGUUGGUGGAAUGGGCCAAAUAUAUUCCUGCUUUUGGAGAGCUGCCACUGGAUGACCAGGUCAGUUUGCUCAGGGCUCAUGCAGGUGAACACCUUUUGCUUGGGGUUGCCAAAAGGUCGAUGCCAUUCAAGGACUUCCUGCUUUUAGGUAACGGCUGUGUGAUCCACAGGAACAGCCCCGAACCAGAAAUCUGUCGAGUUGCCAAUCGAGUGCUGGAUGAGCUGGUCCAACCCUUCCAAGAUAUCCAAAUAGACGAAAACGAGUAUGCAGCACUCAAAGCCAUCGUCUUCUUUGACCCAGAUGCAAAGUCUUUGAGGGACCCAUCGAAGAUCAAGGCCAUGAGACUACAGGUCCAGAUGAGUCUGGAGGACUACAUUAAUGACCGCCAGUACGACUCCAGGGGUCGUUUCGGAGAGCUGUUACUCCUGCUGCCCACCUUGCAGAGCAUCACCUGGCAGAUGAUCGAACAGCUCCAGUUCAUUAAGCUCUGCGGUCUGGCCAAGAUAGACAACCUGCUGCAAGAGAUGCUGCUGGGAGGUCUUACAUCAGAACCGACACACCUGCACCACCCAGGACACACCCAGCUGGCCCAGGACCCUGUGACUGGACACACACUGGUCAUCAGCACUAUGCCUAUCACACACACUCCACAGUUAGCCUCUCCAGACACUCCCAUUCCAUCGCCUCCUCAGGGUCCCACUUCAGAGAUGUACAAACACUUUCCCCAGCCCCUUUGUCCUCCCGCCAGCCCCUCUCCUUCCACACAAACAGAACCCUGA